GAACUCUUCUUCGAAAGAAAACGAGAAACUGCAUCUGCUUGGUUCUCAUGGUAUUUACGACGCCUUAAAAUGUGAUAUGUUUUCAUAGUGCAGAAAUGCAGUCACAAGAUGGACCUUUUAGCAGUGGAAGAAAUUUUGCAAAAAGCGAUUGCAAGUGGUCAUGAGACAAUUAAUCUAAGUCAUAGAAAUAUUGCUGUUCUGUCGAGCAGCUUUAAGAAAUUGAAAAAUGUAAAACGUCUUUUAUUGAAUGACAAUCAGAUAAUGAUGCCCCCAUCAGAAUUAACUGAUCUAGUCAAAUUGGAAGAACUUGUCCUUGAUAACAACAAACUGACUUUGCUACCAACGGGACUGUGCAAACUCACAAAUCUAACUUACCUGAAUUUGUGUCAUAACCCACUAAGUGUUCUACCUGAGGAGAUUUGUCAGCUAAGCAGUCUUCAUCAGCUAUGGAUUGUGGAUUGCCAGCUGGUUAACCUGCCAUCCAACAUUGGAAGCUUGAAAUAUCUGAGGAAAUUAAGUGUUCGUGAAAACUUUUUAGAAUCUCUUCCUCCCAGUUUCACACAGUUGGAAAAUUUAUCUUGGUUGUGCUUGUCAGAAAAUACAAUAAGAUUUUUACCGAAAUCUUUCUAUAAUUUAAAAAGUUUGACUCAUUUAAAUUUAAAUCAGAAUCAAAUUAGUGAAGUACCAGAUUCAGUUUCUGAACUUCCAAACCUCACCUGUCUUUUAAUGAAGAAUAAUUUUGUAAAAGAAGUCAAAGAUGACACAAUACUUGCAUUAUCCAAACUUACUAAAUUUGAUCUCAGAGACAAUGAAAUCAAGGAAAAACCCCCGCAUUGGAAGGGACUUGAUUACAUUAUGAUUGGACAAAGUGGAAUAAAUGGCAUCCAGAGUAACGAUGAUCUCACGAGUGGACAAGAUGAGAUUGAGGAUGAAUGUUCAAAUGAUGAUGAAGAGGAGACAGAAGAUGAUGAUGAAAAUAAUAAUGAAACUUAGAAAGAUGACUGAAUGAUAAUUAUAGCUAUCCUUUUGAAAAAAUUAAUUAUAAAUUACCAUUUCAUUGCCAGGAUAAAAACAGACAUGGUAUAUACUGUUAUUAUUCUUAUAAAAGAAUGAAAAAUAUCAUUUUGUUCUCAUGUGUGCUCAUAGCUGUGUGUGCAAGGGUCAUUGCAAACUACAUGUAUUUAGUGCCUUGUUCAUUUUUCUUAAGUGUUUCAAUUGUAUGCAAGUUAAAAUAGAUUUGGUUCUCAAUGACAAUGGAUGUAUUAUGCACUACAUUGUAUAUCAUUCACUGUUUGUAAUU